AGGAAGAAGAUUGUAGCCUUAGUUGGAUACGGCGCAUGUGUGAGGAGUGGAAAGGGAGGGUUUUAUUGCACUAAAUGGUGGAUUUUUGCACGUGACUUAAAGCGGAGAGGGAACUUUUUGCACGGAUUAAUUCUGUCCUCUCCCCAUAGGUAUCGGCGGCCCAGGAUCGCUCGUGGCUCAGGUGAGGUGUGGGGAAGUAGGACAUGGAACCGGAGUCCUUGCCGCUGUCCCUGGGACUGGCUGUUGCUGUGAUCUCCAGUCUGGUUAAUGGCUCCACUUUCGUUUUGCAAAGGAAAGGCAUCCUGCGAGCCCAGAGCAAAGGUGCGUCGUAUUUCACGGAACUGGUUUGGUGGGCUGGGACUGCAGCAAUGGCUCUGGGACAAGUAGGAAAUUUCUUUGCUUACAACGCUGCUCCUGCUGUAUUGGUGACACCAAUAGGAGCCCUCGGAGUGCCGUUUGGGUCGGUUCUGGCCUCCUAUGUGUUGCAGGAGAAGCUAAACUUGCUGGGCAAACUGGGCUGUUUGCUGAGUUGUGCUGGAUCCAUUGUGCUCCUCAUUCACGCACCCAAAUCAGAGAGCGUAACCUCAAGGGUGGAGCUGGAAGAGAAACUAACCAACCCAGUGUUUCUUGGCUACCUCUGUUUAAUCCUGCUGUUGUUGAUCCUACUUAUCUUCUGGAUUGCACCUUCCCAUGGCCCCAACCACAUCCUGGUUUACAUUGCCAUUUGCUCACUGUUGGGCACCUUCACCGUGCCAAGCAGCAAAGGGAUUGGUCUGGCAGCUCAAGACGCAUUCAGCGACAAUCCAUCAAGCGUACGGGCUCUGUGCCUCUUUGUGAUAUUGCUGGCAACGUUGACCUGCAGUGUUAUUAUUCAAUUCACCUACAUUAAUGAGGCGCUGAAGUACUUUGAUUCCUCCGUGUUCAAUGCAAUCUACUACGUGGCUUUCACAGUUUUGGUCGUUCUGGCAUCUGCCAUCCUAUUCCGGGAGUGGAGUGGUGUUGGAAUUGUAGACUUCCUUGGAAUGCUGUGUGGGUUCACCACUAUUUCAGUCGGGAUCAUCCUAUUACAGGUCUUCAAGGAUUUUGGCGACAUCAAUAAAGCCUCUUUGAAGAAAGACUAAACCCCGGAGGGAUUUCUCUGUCGCGUAGCUUCUUUGCAUCGUUCUCCAUAAGAUACAAUCCUAAAUUUACUGGAGAAAAGACUAAGAUGAACAAAAAAUAAUUCCACUUAAUCAGGAUUAGCUCUUUCCAUAAGUGUUAUAAAAUUAAAAGUCAGGGUGUUAAGUUAUUUUACUUGCACUUCAAGUAAUUUAUUGUCGUUUUUACACUGGGUUUUCUAUUUAUUCCGACCGUAUUCCCAGGAAAUAUUUCAAUUCUGCCUCAUUGAAAACUAAUCUUGUGUGUAAUAUUGGAAUCAUGGAGUCUUGCCUCCUUAAAGACACGACUCAAGACCCUCCUUUUUGACUGUGCCUUGAGCCACCCUCCUACAC